UGACUUGCUUACUAAAUUCAACUUCGUGCCACAGUCUGUACUAUCUGAGUACAGUUUUGAGCUCCCACCUUCUAUAAUUGGACGACUACUGUGGUAUUCUCAACCCAGAGACUGCCCUAUUGGUGCCAGGAGACAUAUAUCGGGAGUACAACUUGACAUUCAAUCACCUCUAACACUGCCGCCACUAAUGUCUCUGCCAAGAUAUCGGGAGUUAAUAUUCACAGAAGGUGGUUCAAGGCAGCUCUCUUCAGCAAUGAGCACUUGAGUCUGAAAGAUCCAGAUGUGAUGGUUUCCCCAGGGAUAAUGCGUGAAUUCCAGGAUAUCAUCAAGAACAGCACCUACCAGCUACCACUCUACCCCACCACCCUCCUUCUGGCCACCGACAUAGAACUCACUGUCGACGUUCCCUUCAUAUUCCACACUCUACCAACUCUCAUUAAAUUCUCUUACGACCCCCACAUCACCGGAGGGUUCGGCCCCUUCUCGUUUGGCCGGCUCCACAGAGCCAGUGCUGGGGACAUGAAGUUCAGGGUGGGUGUCAGAGACAAUAAGAUAUCCAUCACACUACCUGGAACCCAGCUGAUUGGCUAUGUCUGUGACGUGGUUCCACAACACCCGAGUAAGACCGCCCACGAGAUCGUCGCUCAACUGACUUUCUCACAAGUAACUCCAAAUCGCAAUUCAAUGAAUGGCUCUUUCACAAGAGGAAAAGUCCGCAAGCUCCAUUUCAUAGUGAGGCACACACCACUGCUAAACCUACUACCACUACUAACACUAACCACCCAGCUGAUGAUACUGAACACUACAAGUGCUAGUUGCCCCAACUCACCCAGCCAAUGAUGAUCAUCCACAAUGCUGUGUAAGGGUAUCAGCUCAUACAGCUUUCAGUACCAACAGCUCUUUGGGACAUGCUACCAAAACUCUUCAUUGACUUAAACUUUUACCUCUACUACAUAAUUAUCAUAAACAAUGCGCAUGUGAAACCGUUCCCCCCUAUAACUUUUAUUAGCUAUCCUUGAACAAGUGGAAAAUUAUUCUUUGAAACGAAGGCGGAUGUACGUAGGAAACAGAUAGUCUUCAUAUCCAAUCCUUUGUUUUCUGCGCUUGUUGUUCCCUUCCUUUAAAGGUUUUCAUGACUUUUGCACUUGUGUCUAAGUCCUCCAAACCUAUUCAUUGCCCAAAUUUCAAUCCAA